AUCUUGAAAACCUCAGUCGUCCCUUUAACUCGCUUUACACAUUAACACGUGAAUAAUUACAAGCUACCCCCAGCGCGCGGGUUAUACAUGUAACCGUGUCAAAGUUCACGACCUGUGUCCUGCAGCCAGUGGAGCACGCGCGGCGCCUGAUGCCGGCCUCGGACCACUGCCAGACACGUUGCUGCGGCCGUUCGAUAUUUACGGCGGAUGCGUCUGCUGCACUGCAGGCUGUUUCUAAACAACUCAUUUGCUCUCGGUUAGCAAAGCCUUUGCUCUAGAGUUCCACCUUCAUGUGAGCCGCCGUGGGCUGCACUGAGCCGUUGGUUUACCUGCACUGCACGCCUCAGGGACGCGACUCACGGGUGUGUGUGCACCUGACCGGAAGAUUGGCUUUCAGGACUCGUCAGACACAGUUCCGGGACUGGCAUGGACGGUGGUCAGUGCUAGCUAACUGGCUGUGUUGACGAUGGAUCAGGAAGGGAGUGCCGACAGCUUUCUGCGGGAUGUUAGCUCGGAGAACACCGAAGGCAAGGCUGUGGAGGAACACUCAGAGAAGCAGUACCCCGGGUGCCGACGGAACAGGAUAUGUAGGAGUAUGUGGCUGUGGCUGUCGUUUUUCUCGAUGGGUUUGGCCAACAGUCAGCGGGGACCAGCCUUCCUGGACAUCCAGAUGAUCACGGGGACCACGCUCCAGCAGGCGGCAUCCUUCUUCACCGCCAGCUUCGUCGGCUCCGUCGUCGGCUCUCUCCUAGGGGGCGUGGUCUACGACGUCAUCAGCCAGACGCUGUUCCUGGGCGUCAGCCUGCUCGCGCACGCCGUCCUGACGAUGCUGACGCCGUUCUGUCGCCUCUACGCCCUGAUGGCAGCCGUCAGCUUUCUCGUGGCGGUGUUCGGCGGUGGCGUGAGCACAGCCGUGAACGCAGACGUUCUCCGGGUGUGGGAAGGCCGCGGCGGCGUGGCGAUGCAAGGCUUACACUUUUCUUAUGCUCUCGGAGGAGUCAUCGCCCCGCUCAUCACUCAGCCGUUCCUGGCGCCUCGAGACGACAACAUCAUCUUUGACAACACCACCUUCGCUCGACCUUUCCUUUCCCUUCCCUCUGAGGACGGGUUUGAGGUCAUCAUGUUGGACUGGAAGAACGCGAGUGGACAGGACAGCAGAGAAGUGUCUUAGAACCUGAGUCUACCGACGAUAAAAAGAAGACAUACAGCGGGAGCUACUCACAGCAGCAGGGUCUUGUCCCGAGUUUUCACUCGGGAUCAGCGAAUGCUACGAGCGAACAAACCCAAAGGUCUACGGCACCCAGGUCCAUUUUGCUUACAUGAUUUCUGCCGUGACGACCACCAUCUCGGCACUUCCGUUCUUGUGGAUGCACCUGGGAAGGACAAAACAAAGGAGAAGAGGAAAAGACAGCCAAGGUUUCUGCCUUUGCAGCGAAGACGUCGACGGCGAGGUCGAGCAAAGAUAACUCGCGAUGCCGGUGGUCUCCCCGUGGGACUCGCUCACGUGACUCUGGCUUGGACGUGCGUCUUCUUUGUUCUGUACUACGCCGUGGAGAGGUCCUUCGUCUCUUUCCUCCCCAUGUUCGUGGUGCAGCACCUGCGGUGGACCAAAGCCGACGCGUCUCUCUUGACAUCAGUCUUCUGGACCUCGCUGGCGAUGGCUCGCUUCCUCAGCAUCUUCCUCGUGCGUGUCGUCUCCACCGUCGCAAUUCUGACCUUCUGCUGCGCUUUCUUCGUCGCGUCGCUGGUGGGCAUGCUCCUGGUGUCCAUGGUGACCGCUACCGCCCAUGCGCACUGGUCUGUCUGGAUGUGUGUUGUGUUGAGCGGCGCUGCCAGCGCUGGGAUCGUACCCACGACUCUGAGCUGGGUGGAGGACGAGCUGCUCUGUGUCACGGGUCGCACCCUGGCCGUCAUCGCUGUAACGUCCUCCCUGGGUUCUAUCGCCAACCCCUUGCUUCUGGGCUUCUUAAUCGAGCACUACGGCGCCCUCUGGUUCUGGUACAUUCUCCUGGGGGAGGCUACUGCGUCCGCCUUUGCGCUUCUCCUUCUUCUGCUUUUCUCUCAACUUUACCUAAGGCCUCGUUUUGGAUCUCGCCGCCAGCGAAAAUUGUUGGCUGCCAACCUCGUUGUUGUGAAGGUAGAGAAGGACUCGGGACUGGGAAAAAGUCCGAAUGUGAGACAGUGGAAAACUGUGCUUCUUGAUUAGCUGUUAUUUUCAUUUAUUUGCUUCUGAAGUUUGACAAAAUUCCACGUGUCAA